GUUUCAGAGCAGCCACAAAGCAGUCAUGGAGGCUAAUUAUUUGGUUGUGCUCACGUUUUUCCUGUCCUUUCAAUUAAUUUCGCCUUCAAAGUUCUCGGAUCAAGAGUGCGUUACUGGGGCCUAUCCACCGACUGAAAGUGAGAUUCCUUGGGAAGUUGUGAAUCUUGAUUUACCUCCUGAGAUAAGAUACAAUGAUCUGGUCGGCAAGAAGAUUAAAGAGCUUCAGAACGUGAAUAACUACCUGAAAAACUUCACAAGCUUUAUCCUAAAUGGAAAACUGUAUGAUUUCUUCGACAAAGAUUUGGCUUACUUGGUAUUCACUCUUCCAUCUCCUUACAAAGAGGAAAUCAUUGGGUUGUCCAUGGCUGCUGGCAUUCCUCUUGGCCAGAUGUUAUUCUUCAACAUCUUUUAUGAGAUUAUGGCAUUUUGCACAUCUAUUGUUGCUGAGGACAAAUCAGGUACUCUUUUCCACGCACGUAAUAUGGACUUUGGUAUUUUUAUGGGCUGGGAUGAGAAGAAUAACACGUGGACGAUGACUGAGAUUCUCAGAACACUUGCAGUUAAUAUUGACUUUCAGAGAAAUGGCCAAACAGUUUACAAAUCGGUUACCUAUGCUGGAUUUGUGGGCGUUUUUACAGGAAUAAAACCAGGAGUGCUGACAUUAACUGUGAAUCAAAGAUUUAGUAUGGAUGGUGGUUAUGUGGGUAUUGUUGAGUGGAUUCUCGGUAAUAGAAAGGCGAAGUGGUCAACAUUUCUUCCUCGAGACGUUCUGGAAACUGCAACCAGUUUCGAACAGGCUAAGGACAUGCUGGCAAAUAACGAAUUGAUAGCCCAAGUGUACUACAUUCUGGGUGGAGCAAAAUCAGGAGAGGGAGUGGUCAUCACACGUUCUCGGACUGAGUGCUUAGACCAGAUGAGCCUUGAUCCAGAAAAUAACAAGUGGUUUGUUCUGGAGACAAAUUAUGACAACUGGGAACCUCCUCUGGUAAUUGAUGACAGGAGAACUCCGGGCAAGGCAUGCAUGAAUAAAACAGGACGAGAGGCCGUGUCCUUCAAAGGCAUCUACAAUGUUCUCUCCACACAACCUGUAUUGAACAAGUUGACCGUGUACACAACACUGAUGCAAGUAAACAGUGGCAAAGUGGAGUCAUACAUUAGAAACUGCCCCGACCCGUGCUUUCCAUGGUAGAUUUAAAGGUUAAGUGCGGCACGUCUCGCUAAAGAAUUGGAAUGUAGUUGUGAUUUUAGAAUAGCCGCGGUCGUUAAAACAGAAUUGUUAAGAAAAUCCAUCUUCAAUAAAUGUACUUUAUGAAA